CUACAUAAGCUUUUUUAUAAUGGCUUGUGAAAUAAGUUCUUUUGUUUUGAAUGGAAGAAAUUGAGUAGGGACUCAAUGUGAAUUUACUUCCACAUGUUGCCCAAGAUGAAGAUUUAAAAAUUAGGGGAACAGGACAAUGUGAGGGAUUGUUGUAAUGAUGGAAAUAUUGGUAUAUUGAUAUGGAAUCUGUUAUUUCUUAAAAUUGCAUAUAAAUCUACAGUUAUCUCAGACUAAAAUGUUGAUUAAAAAAUAAAAAUUAGGGGAACAAAGUGGACCAAAGCAGGCGUAGCAAGAACAUGUUCAAUUUGUUUGCUUUCACUCAGGUUCUAAAAAACAAACUAACGAUGAGCUUUUGUUUUUCUUUACCCUUACUAGUGAAUUUUAUAUAGGAGAAGAAGCGCCCACAAUUUUUUAGGUUGUAGUAGGGGGUGGAGUGGAAAGACAUAGUUGUCUAUUGGGGAGUAUUGAAUAUAUACUCAGAAGAUUUGGGUCUUUGUUUAAUCUGUCAGCUCUGCAUCAGUUAUGGUUUCUUUACCUUUAAAAUAACAUAGGUGCAGGAUGUUACUUACCUAUGUUCACAGGAUUGCUAGGAGAGUCAAGGAGGAAAAUAAAGGAGAAAGCACUUUAUAAAUUCUAGGUGCAGUAUAAUUGUAUAGUGUUAUUUUCCAAAAUCUUUUUCCAGAAGAGUUAUAUAUAGAACAAGAGAACCAUGUAUACCUGUGAUGAAGCCUAUGAACUAAAAACACCCUGUACAACCUUCCCUGGAUGAAGACUCUACAGGGGCAGGUAAUUCACUGGUCCACAAGCGGUCUCCUUUACGCCGAAACCAAAAGACCCCAGCAUCCUUGACCAAGCUGUCUUUACAGGAUGGACAUAAAGUCAAAAAGCCAGCAUGUAAAUUUGAAGAGGGUCAGGAUGUCCUAGCUAGAUGGUCAGAUGGCUUGUUUUAUCUUGGAACUAUCAAAAAGAUAAACAUAUUGAAACAGAGCUGCUUCAUCAUAUUUGAAGACAGUUCUAAAUCCUGGGUUCUCUGGAAGGACAUUCAAACAGGAGCCACUGGAAGUGGGGAAAUGGUCUGUACAAUAUGUCAAGAAGAAUAUUCAGAAGCUCCCAAUGAAAUGGUUAUAUGUGAUAAGUGUGGCCAAGGAUAUCAUCAGUUGUGUCACACACCUCAUAUUGAUUCCAGUGUGAUUGAUUCAGAUGAAAAAUGGCUCUGUCGACAGUGUGUUUUUGCAACAACAACAAAGAGGGGUGGUGCACUUAAGAAAGGACCAAAUGCCAAAGCAUUGCAAGUCAUGAAGCAGACAUUACCCUAUAGUGUGGCAGAUCUUGAAUGGGAUGCAGGUCAUAAAACCAAUGUCCAGCAAUGUUACUGCUAUUGUGGAGGCCCUGGAGACUGGUAUUUAAAGAUGCUGCAAUGCUGCAAAUGUAAGCAGUGGUUUCAUGAAGCUUGUGUGCAAUGUCUUCAAAAGCCAAUGCUAUUUGGAGACAGGUUUUAUACAUUUAUUUGCUCUGUCUGCAGUUCGGGACCAGAAUACCUCAAACGUCUACCAUUACAGUGGGUAGAUAUAGCACACCUAUGCCUUUACAACCUAAGUGUUAUUCACAAGAAGAAAUACUUUGAUUCUGAACUUGAGCUUAUGACAUACAUUAAUGAAAACUGGGAUAGAUUGCACCCUGGAGAGCUGGCAGACACACCAAAAUCUGAAAGAUAUGAGCAUGUUCUGGAGGCAUUAAAUGAUUACAAGACCAUGUUUAUGUCUGGGAAAGAAAUAAAGAAGAAGAAGCAUUUGUUUGGGUUGCGAAUUCGUGUUCCUCCUGUGCCACCAAAUGUGGCUUUCAAAGCAGAGAAAGAACCUGAAGGAACAUCCCAUGAAUUUAAAAUUAAAGGCAGAAAGGCAUCCAAACCUAUAUCUGAUUCAAGAGAAGUAAGCAAUGGCAUAGAAAAAAAAGGAAAGAAAAAGUCUGUAGGUCGUCCACCUGGCCCAUACACAAGAAAAAUGAUUCAGAAAACUGCUGAGCCACCUUUGGAUAAGGAGUCAAUUUCAGAGAAUCCUACUUUGGAUUUACCUUGUUCUAUAGGGAGAACUGAGGGAACUGCACAUUCAUCUAAUACCUCAGAUGUGGAUUUCACGGGUGCUUCCAGCGCAAAAGAAACUACCUCGUCUAGCAUUUCCAGGCAUUAUGGAUUAUCUGACUCCAGAAAAAGAACUCGUACAGGAAGAUCUUGGCCUGCUGCAAUUCCACAUUUACGGAGGAGAAGGGGUCGUCUUCCAAGAAGAGCACUCCAGACUCAGAACUCAGAAAUUGUAAAAGAUGAUGAAGGCAAAGAGGAUUACCAGAUUGAUGACCUCAACACGGAGAUUUUGAAUAACUUAGCAGAUCAGGAGUUACAACUCAAUCAUCUAAAAAACUCCAUUACCAGUUAUUUUGGUGCUGCAGGUAGAAUAGCAUGUGGUGAAAAAUACCGAGUAUUGGCUCGUCGGGUGACACUUGAUGGAAAGGUGCAGUAUCUUGUGGAAUGGGAAGGAGCAACUGCAUCCUGACUGUAGGACUGAACAUUAUGUUCACUGCACUCUCAUUUUCUGUAGGUACAGUUCAAAGCCCUAAAGGAGUCUGGCUUUUACUAUCUUUCUUAAAAAAAAAAAAAAAAAAAAAAGUCAAAAAAAAUCACUUAAGGAGAUGAUAUUAGCCUUAACAUGUACCUGUCAAUGUUAUGGAUAUUGUCAUAAAAAGAUAUCUUUUAAAAAUCAGAACAGAGACUUAAUUUUUUAAAUCUUAAGAUUUGUAGAAUGUUUCUAGGAUAGGGUAUUAAAAAUGAUUCAAACCCAUGCAUGGUGUUAGAUAAUUUUUCUAAUUAUUCCAUUGAGUCAGUUUUUGUGGUUAGUGGUUAUCAGAGCAAACAGAUCAUGUAGAUAGAUAGCACAAGUAUUUGGAAAAACAUUGUCUGUUUUGUUACCAAAAUGUUGGAAAAAAAUUUAUUUCAGUACCUUUUAGAUUUCAUAAAGUGCAGUGUAUAUAAUGCCUACUAAAAGACUGUAAAAUAUUGAAAUUUUCUUUCAAGCAAAGUGUAAAAAAUAUAUUGAGCCUGUAAAUUGCUCUGUGACUAGACUUCAUUGUCGUCUUAAUAUAUUCUUUGCAUGUGCAUAUAUAUACACACAUGUGUAUAUAUAUGUGUGUGAUUGAUUAUGUGACCUAUGCAAUACAAAUUAUGGGAAUGGGCAGCUUUGGAGUAUAUAUCCCAUAAUUCUUUUUUCAGGAAUAGUUGCAGUAUUUACACAGCAGCAUUUCUUCUCAGGCUUUUAUUGGGUGCUGUUGCUUGCUAUGUAUGAAGAGAAAUGUGUCAGACGAGUUUAGUGUGUUCUGAAGAAGGGUGUGAACAACAGUGUUCAUGGGCUUUUAGAAUGCUUUUCACUUUCAGUCCUUGUAACUCAGCUGUUCAAUACCUAAAACAAAUUCAAAUAGUAUGAACAUUAUCUCCUACUAGAAGUAACAUUUUCAAGUUUUCAUGGCACAUUAUGAUUGUAAAUGUUUCUCAGUUUUAACAGUAAGUCUAUAGGAGUCCCCUGAAGAUUCCUGACAUGUCUGUAGUAACUGUUAGUCAUGUUGAAUUAAGUGUAGUAUGAACAAAGUAUUUUAUUGCACAGGGUUAACAAACAGUGUGUUGCCUGCGGAGGCAACUACUGUUUUAUUACAACAUUACCUCUUGUUUUUAUAAAGUGUACCAAGAUUUAAAUUGAUAACUUUAUUUUACAUGUUAAAAAAAAAAAGUUUCUUUUAUCACCAGUGUUAGAGUUGUCUUCUGUUUCUUUUUGUUUUGUUUUGUUUGUUUGUUUUCUUUUUUAGCCAAAGAGUAAACAGAAGAAUAUUCUUAUUUUGGUGGCUGUUCAUUUUACUCUUAAAAACGAUUGGUGGAUUUUAGCCUAAAAAUUGGAGAAUUUGCCGCCAAAAUGAAAAAUAUGUAUAGUGAUUACAGAGCAGUAAAAAUGUGGGUUAGUACUUAUUUAUUCCAUUGAUUGCUUAUUUGACUGUUUAUAAAGAAAGUUGCUUUAUUUCUUUAAACAUCUUCAAAAGAUGACCUUUUCUUGUCACAUUAUAGCCAAAAGAAGCAGAGAACUUCGUAGUCCUGCAUUUGGUUCCUGGUUGGCCAGGUAUAAAUGAGCUUUACAAAAGUGCAAAUUAAGAACUGUCACUUCUGUUUACCUCCACCAAAACUUGAUUUUCCCCUAGCUAUUAAUUUAAAGUUGCCUUUCCUGCAGCUGCAAUAUUUUGAAUAACACACAGAGUUUGUGUUGAUUUUGAAUGUUUGUUUAUAUCUAGGGGUAAUGGAAAAUGUAAAUCCCGUGUAACCUUAUUCACUCCACCUGUAUCAUAUUAUUUCAUUUGCCCCAAAGUCCUUUAAUUCUAACUGAACACCAGCAGUAUUUUUAGUCAUUCUUUCUUUAGCAUACCUGGAAGAUGAUUUAUUAAGCUGAACUGUCUUUAGACGUAAUUAUUGUGAAUGUCUGUUUUAUUUUAUCUUGGUGGUUCACAUGGCUCUGAUGUUCAGUUUGUAUUUUUGGAAUUGCUUUACUUAGAAUUAAAACAGACCAACAUUAAAUGUGUGUAUUUUUUAAA